GCUGUCCUUGUCAGGCCCUCCACCCUACACCACUAUCAAGGGGAAACCACGCUGGAAAAUCCCGAUGAACUCUCUCGGCCAACACUGGGAGAGAACCCGUGAAAUCCAGACUAACGAGCCAGCGUCUUACUCACGUAGCCACCAUGGCUCCAAUAUUUAAUUAAAUCGGGGUUUAACGUCUUACUUUUCUGCACCAGUAGGACUAAUGAAGACGGACAUAUGUCACGCAGUGUUCAAUAAGGAAAAUUGUGCACAGCAUGUACACGCUGACCGAAAACUAAUGACAGCUAGCUCCAUUUAUUCGCAGGUAGGGUGGAACUUUUUCGACCAACCCCGUGGUCUCUAAUGUCUGUUUCUUAGUCGUUUAACAAAGCAAAGUCAUUCAUAUCAACAAACUCAGUACCGUAUCAAUUUCUUGCCAUUUCGAACCAGUGAAAAUAAGAAUUAAAUGUUAAAUAUAGCAGAAACAACAACUUAAAAGAGUAUGUCCUGUACAUGUUAAGAAAGUCAAAAUGUGGAAGAAAAGAUAGCGGGAAAUAUUAAAAUUUGAGUAAGUUCUUCUUUAUUGCUUAAUAAACAAUCCCAUCGAGUUUUUAAAAAAAUCCAUAAAGAAAUUUACUGUAUAAAUAUUCUGAAUUUCGAAAAGGUACUGCCCCAAGCUCAAAUUAGGUUUAUUUUAAUCAGUAUUAAAUAAUUCUACAUCGAGCAACACAAAAAAAUGACAGGGCACAACUCCUCGAUGCUUCAAAACGCUAUGGUUUAUUUCGAAAACAUAGCUUACUCGGCAAUGAUACACCGAACCACUAGCAUCUACAGCGACUGAACAAAAUUAAUUUAGCAUUGGCUAGACAAAUUCUCAGUUGCUCUCUUGAUCUUUUAAAUGCAAAGGCAACAAAAUAUAACCGGGUGUUUGGAAAUUGGGUGAGUUAGAAAUAUGGAUUUGAUUAAAAAUAAGAUGAACGUUUCGUAAGUCGACGGGGUAGAUUAUUUAAAACAUUGACUGUCCAUUAUGGUAAUUGUUUGUAUAUCAACAUAGUCGAAAAUCAAUAGGUGGGUUCCUUUCAUUGGGCUAAGAACGUAUUUCAUAAAGAUUAUGUUAUAAUUGUGAUCGCUAGAGUGGUAAGGACACAUAAUGAACGGGUUUGACCGCAAUACUUGGGGGCUUUUAAAAACAGCCGAAUCAUUACAAAGUGGCACGAAUGUUCUCCCGUAUUAUACACCUAUUUGUUGCUCGUGAUUUCUAAGAAAUUAUAUUCGGUAUGAUUUAUGGGUAAUACCAGGAAGAUAUUCAAGUGAACCUGUAUAUCGCCGAGAUAUUAAUGCAAAUACUAGUGUUCUGAGGAGAAGGGAAAUUACCUGUAAAUUGUCACAUUGAAUAGCACAAAAAGGCAAGUUAUCAUGUCUCUUUGUCCAGAACACAAGACGGAGAACGAGUUAUACUGUAAAGAUUGUAACCGUACAAUUUGUUAUAAUUGUAUUAAAACUGGCCAUCAAGGUCAUACUUUUCGGAAUGUUAAAGAUGUGGAAAGCGAACUUAAAAUAAUUCUUAAACAACUGAAAGAAAGGGUUCAGACUAAAACAGCUUCUAACAAUUCUAUAGUGGAUUCUAUAAAAAACGAGAUUUCAACACUCCAUCAACAAUCUGAUGUAGAAUGUGAAAAGAUUGAUCAAAGGGUAGAGAAGAUGUGUCAAAUUCUACAAGAUGGAGGCGAAAAACUGAAACUGAAAAUUAAGGAUUCUAAUUUGGAGCAAGUCACGAUGAUGACUAAGAUGAUUACAGACGCCGAAGAACAGUCGAGACAAAUGGCGGAAUUUGGCAAACAAGUAGGUGAGAUGCUCAACACGGACCAGCUAGAAGAACUAUUAAAUAAGACCCCACAACUGAAAGAAGCCAUCCGUGGCAUUGAUACAGAUUUCGUUGUUACAGAUAAUGCAUGUCCUCGCUUCCAAGAUGCCGUUAUAGAUGUGGAAAAUUUAUACAAACAAAUUGGACAAGUACACAAAAAGGACGACGACAGAUUUGAAUGCAGCUUCGAUGUGGGUAACCAAUACAAGUAUGGGGAGACUACACGUCAUGAAAUUCAAGGUGUUUUGUGGACAUUGGACUGUGCUCUUAAGAUGCAUAAUGUACAGCAACAAGGUAUGUGGAAAGUUGUGAAUAACCAAAAUGUUAUCCUACGACUCGUGUCUCCAGAUGUUUCCUGCAAGGCAAAUUUUACACUUAAAAUACUCAAUACCAAGGACGAUGCUAAAUCUGUAACUGAAAAGUGUUCCCAUGAAUUUACCAAUCGGUUUUCAUUGCUGCAUACUCCAAAUCGAAGUGAGUAUAUAUGGAAACCACAAGAUCCUGACUAUAUCCUAAAGCCCGAGAAUGGUUUUACUAACUCUGAUAAUAAAAUCACUAUACAAGUCAUAUUCUCAUCUAUUGAAAUCACAAGUCAUAUCUACGAACAAAAAUUCUAGAUCUAAUCAUUAUCUUCGAAUAGUAAUCUUAAAACUUUUAACCCAAUUGUGGAUUGGUUUCUUUAUAUACCGACGUCACAUAGGCCUACUAGCUGUAUAAAAGACUGUCCUAUCUGUGAACAGUUUUAAAUAAACCGGGCAAACUUUCUAUUUAUUUGAUCAUAAUAGUCAAAUACCGAUUAUUGUUUUCGCACGUAUCGAAUGCUAACAGUUAUUGUUUUCGCAAGUUAACCAUUAUUGUUUUCGCAAGUUAACCAUUAUUGUUUUUGC